GCGGGAGAGUGACAUGUCUCUGGAAGAUCCGUUUUUUGUAGUCCGAGGUGAGGUGCAGAAGGCAGUGAACGCUGCCCGCGGACUGUACCAGCGCUGGUGCGUGCUCCUGAAGGAGGGUGCGGUGGUCGGACGCGAAGAGCUGGACCGGACAACUAAUGAAUUGCGGAAUAGCCUGCGCAGCAUCGAUGGAGGAAACUAUCGAUAUCCUAGGAAGGGCUGGAGGUUUAAGGGAGGCAUGGGAGAGUCCAUUACGUUGGCCAGGGCCUUUGGAAGUCACCACAGUGGGAGCCUGGACACCUGGGAGGUCGGCUUACGCAUAGUGGAAGCCAACCCAGGCAAGUUCAAGCUUCCCUCCGGAGACUUGCAGGAGAGAAAGGUGUUUGUGGAACGGAUGUGGGAGGCAGAAAUGAGGGACCACAUGGUCGACCCAGCAGCCAUGGCUUUUAUGGAGAGGGAAAAUAGAAUCCCACAGCCACUGGUGGGCAAAUCAGUUGCCCAGAAAUCAUCAAGAGACCUGCUAGAUGCCAGUGUGGUUUCUGCCACCUCUCGCUACAUCUAGGAGCAGCAGGCCAUGCAGCAGCUGAUCAUGGUCCUGCUGGAAAUGGUGUUGGGGAGCACUGGGGUUCUGAAGCACAUGUCCAGACAAGUCAGGGAGGAGCUGGAUGAACAGGGCAUCAUGCUAGAUACCUUUGCUCAGGAUAUGGACCACACUCAAUCUCAGAUGGAUGGGGUUCUCCGGAAGAUGGCCAAAGUAUCCAAAUGACCAGUGGUGAAUUCCCUGGGGGAAGCUACUCAGGGGCAGGAAGUGAAGGGGGAGGGGGGGGCUUGGUGCCACUUCCUAUGACCUGUGACCCUCUUACACACAGAUUGCAGACAGUGGUGUGCCAUUGUGGUAUUGCUGGGGGUGUGUCUGGUUAUCAUCCUGCUCUUCUCUGACUCUGGUCCUCCCCUAGGGGCUGG